UCGACCCAUCGGCAACGCUGUUUGAAACACGUUUCUUUAUUAUUAAUUUGCAAGAAUUAUUCACAAAUUAUUAUUUACUUUUAAACUUACAAUUAUUUUGUAGUAAAAUAAUACUUUUGAAAAUUUAAUCUUCAUAGUAAUUGGUUCUGUUAAACAUUUAUUAUUUAAUUGUUGAUAAAAAACAAAUUAUUUCGAGGUUAACUGCAAUAAUAGUCCACGUGAGAAAACUAAUUCAAUAACUGGAUUGUAUAGACAAAUAAAAAAUGUAAUGGACAAAAUAAAAUAAUUGACAGUUUUUGGAUAAUUUCAUGGUUGCAAGAUUAAUAAAAUAUUUAAGCCGAAUUUUGAAUUAUAACAAUACGUUGAAAAUAAUGAAUGAAAAUACAAAGAUGGAUAAUUUACUGGCUCCACCAGAUUCUGUACGUGGCAUGACAGUUUUAAACCGGGAAGUAUUUAAUAAAACUAUUGAAAUACCAUGCUUAAUAUUGGAUAUAUCAAAGAAUGAUAACAAUACUGUGAUGGGUGUAGUUAAAAAGUAUUUUUUAAAAUUAAAAAAAUUCAAAUCAUUCACUCAAGACAAUGAAAAUUUAACAAUAUAUUUAGAUCCACGGAAAGUAAAAAAAUUGGAUGAUAUCGAAGAGUCAGAUCGUAAUAAAUUAAAUACAAUUAGUAAAUUAAAAUUUGAGAAAACACAAAUAAAAUUAAAUUAUCACAAUUGGCACGCCGAUCAAUUAUUCCGUGUUAUAUUACCAAAUGAUAUUGAAAUACCUACAUCGUACACGAAAGUUGGUCAUAUACUUCAUUUAAAUUUACGUGAUAAUCAGUUACCAUAUAAAAAAAUAAUUGGAGAAAUUUAUUUAGAUACAAUUCCACAAACUAAAACAGUAGUCAAUAAAAUCACUAAUAUUGAAACAGAGUUUCGUAAUUUUAAGAUGGAAAUACUUGCUGGUGAUAAAAACACAGUGACAACUGUUAAAGAAAAUAAUUGUCAAUUUACAUUUGAUUUUGCAAAAGUUUAUUGGAAUUCAAGAUUAUCUACAGAGCAUACUAAUGUGUUAAAGUUUAUGAAUAAAAAUGACGUUCUUUAUGAUGUAUUUGCUGGAGUUGGUCCAUUUUCGAUACCCGCUGCGCGUAAAGGUGUUCAAGUAUUGGCGAAUGAUUUAAAUCCAGAGUCUUUUAAGUGGUUACAGAAGAAUGCAACUGCUAACAAGGCUAAAAAAAUUGUUUCAUUCAAUAUAGAUGGUCGUGAUUUUUUGAGUAGUGAAGUUAAAAAACAUUUACUUGAAAGACGUUCCCGCAAUCAAGAUGGUAGUGAACAUAUUGUUAUGAAUUUACCAGCAGUAGCUAUUGAAUUUUGUGACGUCUUUCGCGGUUGGAUGGACGAUAAUGAAAUCAAGUUAAUGUCUAAUAAAUUUCCUCUUAUUCAUGUGUAUUGUUUUGUUAGAGUCAAUAAAAUUGAUGACCCGAAACCUGUGGCACAGACAUUAGUUGAAGAAAUAUUGGAAACCAAACUUACGCCUGAGUCAUUGAAAAUCAUUCAUCAUGUGAGAAAUGUUGCGCCUAAUAAAGAAAUGAUGAGAGUAUCAUUCUAUUUGACUGAAGAAAUGAUAAAAUCUGAGGAGCCAGUAAGAAAAAAAAUAAAAUUUGAUCAGGAUGAUAAUUGUAUUGAAAAAAUUGCAGAUAGUGAUGGGGAAAAACAAAAAAAUAUCGAAAACAAAAAAUGUCUUCAAGGUUAACACUAAACGGACUUCAAAAGCAAAAAAUCAAUUAAAUAAAAAUAUUGGAAAUAAAAAUCAACGAAAAACGCUGAAGAAAAAUAUUGAAAAAAUUCAGGAAAUUGAUAAGCAAUUGAUUGAUGUACGUACUCGUAUCAAUUCGCAAUCCAAACCAAAAGAAAAAACUCCGGCAGCUCCAAAAAAAUCAGUAUCAAAACCUCAAGUUCAAACAUCUUCAGCUAUUGACACAUUAGAACAGUUGAAGUUAUGAUUAAUGUAUAAUUAUUUGAAUAAUGAAUUGAAACUGUAAAUAUAAUUUUCAAUUGCCAGGA